CGCAACAUAUUUUCCCUCCACCUGAGAUGAACCUCAGCACUUAGUGCUGGAAAUCAGCGGUGACUUCGAAGUUUUAAAUUUCAGCUGGCUAUAACAAAGUGUCUUCUCGCGUGGACGUUUCCAAACCGCGAUUCCGUUCAUACUGAGCGGCAACCAUCGCAUAAUUCACGACAUAUGCAGUCCCUGUAGCUGUAAAAGAUGUUCAACAAAUCGUUUGGAGUCUUUGGAGGAGGCACAGGCGGUUUUGGGACCUCCUCUACGUUUGGACAACAGAAUGCAGGCUUUGGAGCAGCAGGUGGCUUUGGUUCUUCAACGUUUGGAACCGCAAACAACACAGGAGGACUCUUUGGGGCCACACAGAAUAAACCUGGUGGCUUGUUUGGAUCAAGCACCUUCAAUCAGCCCGUUACCUCUGCGACCAGUAGCGGUUUUGGGUUUGGUGGUGCCACUGGCACCUCGAACAGUUUGUUUGGAAGUACCAACACCGGAGGGGGAGGUCUCUUCUCGCAGCAGAACAAUGCCUUUGGAGCCAAUAAACCCACCUCGUUUGGCACUUUUGGCACCAGCACAAGCAGUGGCGGGCUUUUCGGCACGACCAACACCAGCUCCAACCCGUUCGGAGGCGCUUCAGGCUCUCUGUUCGGGUCAUCGGGUUUCGGCACGCCGCAGCCCACCGGCACCACCAUUAAAUUCAAUCCUCCUUCAGGAAGUGACACCAUGGUAAAAGCUGGUGUUACGACCAGUAUCAACACCAAACACCAGUGUAUUACCGCUAUGAAGGAGUACGAGAACAAAUCCUUAGAGGAACUGAGGUUGGAGGACUACCAGGCGGGGAGAAAGGGCCCGUCCAACCCCAUGGCGGCAAACACCGGGAGUCUGUUUGGGUCGGCGGCUGCGGCCACCCCCAGCACGGCCACGGGCCUCUUCGGGUCCUCCGCCUCCAACACCGGCUUCAGCUUUGGUCAGAACAAGACUUCGUUUGGCAAUACCGGUUUCGGCGCGGGGACCGGCGGCCUGUUCGGUCAGGCGCAGCCGCAGGCCACGAGCCUCUUCAAGCCCUUCGGCCAAACCACCACCGCCCAAAACACCGGCUUCUCCUUCGGCAACACCAACACCAUGGGUCAGGCCAACACCAGCAGCAUGGGCCUCUUUGGUAGCACGGCGGCGUCCCAGGCGGGGGGGCUCUUUGGGAGCACGGCAAACACCAGCACGGCCACGGGGUUCGGGACCGGCACGGGCCUUUUCGGCCAGCCCAACACCGGCUUCGGCAACGUUGGCACGCCGAAUUUGUUUGGGAAUAAGCCCGCGGGCUUUGGCACCACCACCACGAGCGCCCCGUCGUUUGGAACGGGCACGGGGCUGUUUGGAAACAAACCGACGCUCACCCUGGGCACGAACACGAACACCUCCAACUUCGGAUUCGGUGCCAACACUGCAGGUGGAGGUCUGUUUGGAAACAAAACCACCACAGGUGGCCUGGGAACAGGUCUGGGAACAGGCUUCGGAACAGCUGUCGGCACAGGUCAGACGUCUCUGUUUGGAAACAACCAGAAUAAACUGGGCUCCACCCUGGGCACGGUGGGGACUUUUGGAGCUCCUGGGUUUAACACCGGAACCAGUACCCUGGGCUUUGGAGCACCUCAGCAACCUGUCGCGCUGACAGACCCCAACGCGGCCGCGGCCCAGCAGGCGGCACUGCAUCAGCAGCUCAGCGCUCUGGCCUAUUCGCCGUUUGGAGACUCUCCACUCUUCAGAAACCCGCUCUCCGACCCCAAGAAGAAGGAGGAGCGACUGAAGCCGACCAAUCCUGCCGCCCAGAAGGCUCUCACCACCCCCGCUCAUUACAAGCUGACCCCUCGGCCGGCGACGCGCGUGCGCCCCAAAGCCCUCACCUCCUCCAGCUCCUCCAAGUCACAGCUGUUUGACGGCCUGGACGACGAUGAGCCCUCUCUGACCAACGGAGCCUUCAUGCCGAGGAAGAGCAUAAAGAAGCUGAUGCUGAAGAACCUGAACAGCAGUAGUCUGUAUAACAGCCCUGUAAACAGAGACACAGACGACCUGGCCUCUCUCUCAGAGUACCCACAGAACGGCCUCAGCCGUAAUGCAGAGGAGGAGGGCGGGGAGACCGAGGAGAGAGGAGGCGCGGAGGAGGAUCUGGAGGUGACUAAGUUUUACACCAACCCGAUCGCCAAACCCGUCCCACACAAUCAGCCCAGCCCCUCCCUGCAGGACACCAUCUCCGAGUUCAACGUGCGUCGGGCGGGCAGCGGCCGCGCCGCCCUGGAGCUCAGCAGCGAGGAGAUAUCGCUGGGAGACGAGUCCGCGCAAGAGGAGAGGGACGAGGAGCAGGAGGUGCAGAAACCUCCUCAUCCUGCCGGGAUUGUGCUCAACCGCGUGGGGUACUACACCAUCCCCUCCAUGGAGGAACUGGGGAAGAUGACGAGUGAGGACGGGGAAUGCGUCGUGGAGAACUUCACCGUCGGAAGGAAAGGUUACGGGUCGGUGUUUUUCCCUGGUGAGCUGAACUUGACCAACAUGAACUUGGACGAAAUCGUGCACUUCAGGAGGAAGGAGGUCAUCAUCUACCCCGAUGACAAGGCCAAGCCUCCAGAGGGGGAGGGGCUUAAUAGACGAGCGGAGGUGACCCUGGACGGAGUUUGGCCGAACGACAAAACAACCUGCACGCAGAUCAAGAGCCCCGAGCGUCUGCUGGAGAUGAACUACGAGGGCCGGCUGGAGCGCGCCUCCCGCAAACAGGGCACCCGCUUCCUCGAUUAUCGGCCCGAGACAGGAUCCUGGGUGUUUGAGGUGGCUCACUUCUCCAAGUACGGGCUUCAGGACUCUGACGAGGAGGAGGAAGUCGCCCCAGCCAAGACCGACCUGAAGAAGCUGAAAACAGCCGUCGCCCCAGGCCUCCAGCAGCCCCUGCCUCCCAGCCAGCAGGUGGCGCCACAGGCUCAGAGCACAGCGGUCCUGGAGUUGCUGAGUCGUGUAGCGGACAUGGACAGCGAUGCUGACAUGACUCAGGAGGUGCUGGUGGAGAGUGUGAUGGGAGAAGAGGAAGGAGAGAGGGCCGUGGAGGAGGAGAGAGGCCCUGGAACACAGACGCCCACAGAACAACCACCACUGUCUGCAUCCGGUCACAUCGCUGCCUCGCUGGGCAUCAACCCACACACACUACAGAUCAUGAAGGCGUCUCUGUUUGCCGAGGACGACGACUGUGACCCCUUUCAGGACCAAGUCCCAGUGCGGCCCCCUCAGGACACUGCCUCUCCAAGGGUCUUACUGCCUGGGUCUCAGGGCAGGCUGUCUGUCGGAGCGCUGCUCCAGGCCAAGUUCACUGGAGGAGGAGGACUGUUUACUCACCUCCCAGACCUCCCGUUUGGUGGAGUCCCUCAGAAACUCGCCAAGCCCGCGGUGUCGGAGUCUCCCUGGCCGUCGCUCGGCCCCUCCUUCCUCCUGCCGUCCGCUGCUCCCGAGACCUCCCUGCGUACGGUGGGGGCCCGGCGACUAGGAGGCCCGGUUCCAAUCCAGAGCUCCGUGACCCUUAACAAGGGUCGUCUGCUCAUGGACGCUGCUCUGUUCACGGGCCGCUCGUUCCGCGUGGGCUGGGGGCCCAACUGGACGCUCGUUCACUGUGGGGAGCAGCUGGGAGGGGGGAAAAAGAGGGUGAAGGAGCUGCCUGGGGAUGGCAUGGGCUUCGGCUUCCUCCCCAAACCCACCAAAACCAAACAGAUCACGGAAAGCCCUUAUAAAGUGCACGUGGAGCAGGUGGCGGGGCUGGAAACCAAGGCGAGCGCGGAGAAACUGGCUGUGUUUCACGGCCCUCUGGAGAUCAGCCUAAAGCACAGCACCGUCAGCACCGCCGAGUCCUGCCCCUUCCUCCAGCCGCAGCGGGGCGUGGACGCCCUGCACGAGUACGCCGAAUGGAUCACUGCGUUCAGUAAAGAGGGGGGAGCGGGGGACGGCGUGUUGGAUCACUGGCAGCAGGUUUGGACUUUAUGUGAAGCUCUCUGGGGUCGUCUCGGCGACCAGGAGGCGGAGCCUGAUCACCAGGACGACUACCAGCUGCAGCUUGAGCGGCGACGGCGGUUCUCCCAUUGGCUGUCGGAGAGCGCAGCCGUGCGCAUUCAGGAGGAAGUGCAGCAAUCCGGACACCUGGAGGCCAUUUUCAGUUACCUGACGGGAGACCGCAUCGGCGACGCCUGCAGACUCGCCCAGAAGAGCGGAGACCACCGUCUGUCCCUGCUCCUGUCUCAGGCGACGGGUUCCCAUCCCAGUCGGGAGCUGUUGGGAAUGCAGUUGGCAGACUGGAACGGAAUGAUGACUGACUCCUUCAUACAGGAGGAGAGACUCCGUAUCAUCACCUUGCUGGCAGGAAAACCGGUGUGGCAGUCGACAGACUGCUGUAUAAACGUGUGCUCUGAGCUGGACUGGAAGCGCUGUGUGGCUGUGCACCUGUGGUACAUGCUCCCACCCACAGCCUCCAUCGCAGACGCACUCAUCAAAUACGAGGCCGCCUUCCAGGGGUCAGGAGAAGGUCAGAAGUAUGCCUGCGCUCCUCUUCCUCCGUACGUGGACGACACUCCGCUGAGCCUUGAAGAAGAGAUGGAGGAGGCGGAGCCUAACAAGCAGCUCUACGACAUCUGUUUCCACCUCCUCAAACUCUACAGUGACAGGCACUACAGUCUGCAGCAGCUGCUGGACCCGAGCGCCGUCACGGCCGAGGUCCUGGAUUACAGGCUGAGCUGGCACCUCUGGAACGUUCUGCAGGCGCUGAACUACGACCACCUGUCGCCCGCGCGGCAGGGCCGGCUGCACACCAGCUACGCCGCCCAGCUCGAGAGCGCCGGUCUCUGGGAAAUGGCCGUCUUCGUGCUCCUGCACAUCCCUGACGCCGCGCAUCGGGAGCGCGCGGUCAGAGAGGUGCUAAACCUUCACUGCUCCUUGGAGGAGACGGAGGAGUCGGUGGAGAAGGAGCAGUUCCUCACAGAGAAGCUCCACAUUCCCAUGCAGUGGAUCCACGAGGCCAAAGCCACACGAGCCUGCAGUACCGGAGACAAACACAAGGAGGCGAUGCACCUCUACAGAGCCGGACAUUGGAACCACUGCCACCGCCUGGUCAUCCAGCACCUGGCCUCAGACUGCAUCAUUAAUGAAAGACACGGCUACCUGCUGGAGUUCCUGGAGGGACUGGCCGAUCCCGAACGCUGCGCUCAGGUGCAGGACUGGGACAGAGCUGGAAAGCUUUACCUGGACUACAUUCACGUCAUCCAGACGCUACAGACCAUUCAACAGAUGGAGGGAUCAGAGUACGAGCUGGAGCAAUUGCAGACAGAAGUGACGUCACUGUGCAGUAGGAUAGAGCUCCUCCCCUGUUUCACAGCCAAGGACCGCCUCGCCCAAUCAGAGAUGGCCAAGCGUGUGGCAAACAUCCUGCGUGUGGUGUUGAGUCUGCAGCAGGGGGCGGAGGGUACCCCAGACCCUCUCCAAAUCCCGCUCUGUCACCUGGCCCCCCACAUCGGCCGCCUGCCCAUGCCGGAGGACUACGCUCUGGAAGAGCUCCGCAGCCUCACCCAGUCUUACCUGCGCCAGUACAUCACCAGUCACUGAGUCCGCCGGAGCCCAGGGCCCCCCGGGGGCCUCAAAACCCCGGGGGCGUGCGCAGUCGGGCCCUGCUGUGUGUUUCAGUGUUUCACAGCCUCCCUGGUUCUGCUGUCAUAGGCUGCUGUCCAACCCUGGUUUAAGUCCAGUCCUCCGCUCAAAGCAUUCCUUUGUCUGUCCCUGUGUG